AUGCUAAUAGGCAAGCUUUAGAAUAUACUCCUGCCAUGGCACUUGCUUUGGAUGGCUCACAGCUGCCAUUGCCAACCUAAACCUGUUCCGUAAGAGCCGCACGACGACUUACCAAGCGCAAAACACCAGUUGAUCCAAUAAACUUCGACACGUAAUGUUACAGGUGGGAGAAGCCAGAGGAAGCGAGUCCAAGGUCCAACAACAAGAGGGCUCGGCACAUCAAACGAAGACUCUCGACUCCGAGAUCGGAACCAGGAAAAGCCCUCGUCCGGCCUCCAUCUCCCCUCUCCCGUCUCCCCGGAAAUCUCCUCUCUCUAUUCUCUCUCGAACGAUAUGAUUCGCUUCAUAUUGCUGCAGAAUCGGCAGGGCAAGACGCGCCUGGCCAAGUACUACGUCCCCCUCGAGGAUUCCGAGAAGCACAAGGUAGAAUACGAGGUCCACCGAUUGGUGGUCAACAGGGAUCCGAAGUUCACCAAUUUCGUUGAG